UUGGGUUUAUCCCAGAAGAGGAAAAGAUUAUAACUUUGUUGUAGCAAAUUCAUAGUUGUCAGAGUCUCUUUUGCUUGCAAGCUCAAACACUGAUACACCGUGACAUUCUGAAAUGAAUCGGGUUCACUCUCAAAUUUGCCAUAGCAGUGAUGCUAUCGCCAACCCCACUAUUAUUUCCUCAUCUUCUUCUUGUUCUUCUUUUUCUGAAUCAUUACCUUACAGUUCUGAUUACAAGAAAUUAUUAGCCCCUCCUUUAGCUUCUUCAUCUGGCAAUAGAAUAAGCCCUGCAGUUGUUUUCAUCAUGGUCAUUUUAGCUAUUGUGUUCUUCAUCUGUGGUCUUCUUCACUUCGUUGUUAGAUUCCUCAUAAAGCACAGGUCCUCUUCAUCAAUUUCUCAAUCCAAUAGGUACCCUGACAUGUCUGAAUCUGAUCCUUAUCAAAGACAGUUACAACAACUCUUCCAUCUUCAUGAUUCAGGCCUGGAUCAGGCUUUCAUUGAUGCUCUCCCAGUUUUCCUUUACAAGGACAUAAUAGGUUUGAAAGAGCCAUUUGAUUGUGCUGUGUGUCUUUGCCAGUUCUCAGAACAAGACAUGCUGAGGUUAUUGCCCCUUUGCAAUCAUGCUUUUCACAUUGAUUGCAUAGACACAUGGUUGCUGUCAAAUUCAACUUGUCCUCUUUGUAGAGGGAGUCUUUAUGAGCCAGGCUUUGCCUUCGAAAACCCAGUUUUUGAAUUUGAGGGUCUAAGGGAAGAAGAUGUGGUUUCAGGCAGUGUUGUUGGUGAGACUGCUUUCAUUAACAAACAUGCAGAAAAUCACAUAAUGAAUGGGAAAAGGGUGUUUUCUGUUAGGCUUGGCAAGUUUAGAAGCUCAAAUAAUGGAGAGGAAAUGGAAAGAAGUGGUGGAGAGAGCAGUACUAGUAACAUGGAUGUUAGGAGAUGCUAUUCAAUGGGGUCAUUCCAGUAUGUGGUAGCUGAUUCAGAUUUGCAAGUGGCUUUGUGUGCCAAUAGAGGUGCUAGUGGCAGUAUGAGAAAAUUGACAGGAAGAUUAGCCCAUUAUGGGAAUUCUUCCACUGAUGGAGAUGUUGAGGGGAAAAAAAUCAACAUUGCGAGGAAAGGUGAAAGCUUUUCUGUUUCCAAGAUCUGGCUAUGGUCUAGGAAGGACAAGGUGUCAGGUUCACCAGGAAACCAUUUGGUUAAUCCUAAUGUCACUGCAACUUUGCCAUGGAUGAAUAGAGAUCAAGGUACAUGAAGAAUCUCAGUGUUUGUAUUUUGGACUAUUUUCUUAUUUUCAACAGUCUUCAUUAGAACUCUACCUUUCUUUUUUCAUACUUUGAUUUUACUUUUUUUUUAAUUGAUAAUACUUGUAAAUUAUGGCAUAAACAUUCAAUCAAGAAAAGUCGUUUAAAUAAGAAUUAUUCUUGAGUAUGUGGAAGGAAAAGCAUUUCUUUUGUACAGAAUCCUAUUUCUGGACUGUGGUGUAAUAUGUACCCUUAACUAGUAAUUUCCUAUAAAGAUGAUCAGAGUCAAGCAUCUGUUUUACUCAUGAAGUUUUUGGAAAUUUAUAGUUGGAAGAGGUUAUGGGGAAAAUAAAAAGGCUGAGAGAGAGAAAGAUGUACUAAUAAAUAGCAAAACUCACAAUGGCACCAGAUGAUUUCAAACAUAAUUUUUGAAUGUGGACCCUGGAUGCCAUGUGGUGUUUUAUUUGUGACAAAAGUGGUCUUUAUUAUCAAUUUCGUGCAAUGAGUAGGAAGAUUAAAGUGAAGUCAAAUUAGGAGUUGCUUUUUGGAUGCCUUGGUUUUCUCUGGAGGCUUACUUUAAUUAAAUCUUUGGGUUAAAAAAGAAACAACAAAUAAUUUCAUUCCUUCUCUCUCUGUUGAAGCUGGACUAAGGAUGGGUUUAGCAUUUGAUUACCAAGAUGACGUGAUGGAUGAAAUGAAAGGUGAACAAAUUUCCUCAUCAGGACUUAAGACAUGAUUAGACUUUUCCUGUUAGUGCUCCAAAUCUAAUUAUUCCACAUUUGUCUCUUGAAAUUUUGGCUAUUGGUAUCAUACUAAAAAAAACUUCAUAAAAAAAUAUAUUUUUAUGAAAGGGGUUACUAGGAUUAUGUUUUCAAUUUUAUCGUAGUGGUUGCUAAACGUGUAACUUAUGUCAAAUUACGUUCUUCAAGAGAAACCACAAACUAGUUAGAAAAAAUCUCUAUGUAAAAGAAUUGUGCAAACACAACAUAACAGAACCACGGAUUUGAUUUGGCUCUGCAUGCUGUUUGAUACUACAUCGUCUCGUAUCAAGUACACGUGGCACAAUUAAACGAUAUAUUUGGUGAGCACACGAUGAAAAUAGCAUGCAUAUAUGUGAAGAGUGUGUGUAAGUAGUCAUUUUAAAACAGUUCUGCCACUGUCAUAAUAUUAUUAAACUAGUUUUCUAUUAAUUAAAUUUGAUUAUUCGAAUAAUAUUUCUAAGAAGAAAUGUU